AUGAAUCAGCAUGACCGCAACAUAUUAUCUACAAUCAUCGAGAGGUGGCGCUUUAAGACGAGCACGGGGCACUACGUUGACAUCAGAGAGAUGAUGCCUAGACUUGAAGAUACAAGAAAAAUUCUUCAGUUAAAGGUGCCUGGUGUAGCUGUAACCGUAAGGAGAGUGGAGAACUACGAGAAACAUAUAGUCCGCAUGAUAGGACAACUGGCACCUAGUCGUAACCAUUCCUUUAUCCGACUGACAUGGUUGAGAAACGCGUUUAAUCAGAUACCAGAGAACUAUAACCGUACUACUCUUCUACGAUACACCUGUGCCUACAUCUUAUAUCUAGUCGGGUGCAUAAUAGUUGUGGAUUCCACAUAUGGUACAAUUCCUACAAUCUACUUACAACUUUUUGAGGAUAUUGACGUAGCUGGUCAGUAUGCAUGGGGUGCAGUUGCAUUAGUAUUUUUGUUUCGAGCCUUAUCAAAGGUUGUUCAUGUUGACCAUCAACACUUAAGUGGAUCAGCCACUCUUUUGCUGUGUUGGGUGUACGAGCAUUUCAAAUUGUUGCGCCCAAUUCCAAAAGAAAUAAAGGCAGGGCAACCUAAAUCCCUCAAGUGGGCCCCUCCUAGUAAAUGGUAUAACACUCACAACUUCAAUCUGGUGGGAUGA